CGAUCCCGUCGCGAGGAUUGCGUUUCUCCUCCUCGGGCCGGCGAUGAAGGCGGGCGGCGGCGCCGGGAGGAGGGAGGAGGCGGCGCUAUGGCUGUGGCUCCUGCUGAUCGCGACCGCCUGCAGCUUCGCGUUUCUCCUACUCAAUCUCCCUGGUGGGGAGCGCACGGGAAGGCCCCAGUUGUCCAUGAAGGAGAUUGGGGAGAUCGCGAGACUCGACGCCCUGCCCGAAGAGAUAGAAGGGCAAGCUGAUGAAAUAGCUGCAGAGGAAGAUGAAAGAAUCUCCAGAUCCUCCCCUAGCACUAAGGAGAAGAUAUGGAUGAUGCAAGAUCAGCUAAUUAUGGCCAGGGCCUAUUUACAGUUUGCUUCUCCACAUGGCAACACACAUUUGGUCCGGGAGUUGAAAUUGAGGAUGAAAGAGAUAGAGAGGGCGAUAAGUCACUCUAGCAGUGGUUCCCGAGUACCUGGAAGCACACUGCAGAAAAUGAAGGCGAUGGAAUUGACGUUAUCCAAAGCCCAGAGAGCCUACCCACAUUGCUCUCACAUGGCACCAAAGCUACGUGCAAUGACAUACAACAGCGAAGAAUUGGUCAGAGCUCAUCGAAGUGAAUCUUCAUUCCUUGAGCAGGUGCCUGUGAGGACAUCACCUAAAGGACAUCACUGCCUAGCACUGCGACUUACUUCAGAAUAUUUUUCUUUGUAUCCUAAGGAACGUGAGUUUCCAAAAAGAUCCAGUAUGGUGAUGGAUGACUUCCAUCAUUAUGCCAUAUUCUCGGACAAUAUACUAGCCAGUGCAGUGGUUAUCAACUCUACGAUUGCUGCAUCAAAGGAUCCAAAAAGGAUAAUGUUUCAUGUUAUAACUGAUGCAUUGAGUUUUCCUGCAAUGAUGAUGUGGUUUCUGACAAAGCCACCAAGUCCUGCCACAAUUCAAAUUGAAAGCAUGGAUGAGUUGAAAUGGCUCCCUGUUGAUUUCAGUUCCAGAUUUAAGCAGAAGGGUAUUCGAGAUCCAAGAUACACUUCUGCACUAAACCACUUGCGCUUUUACUUGCCUGAAGUAUUCCCUUCUCUGAGCAACGUUCUACUCUUGGACCAUGAUGUUGUAGUCCAAAAAGACUUAAGUGGAUUGUGGCAGGUAGAUAUGAAGAGUAAAGUAAAUGGUGCUCUUGAGACAUGCAGUUCUGGCAAUGGCUACCAUCGAUUGGACAACCUUGUAAAUUUUUCUGAUCCAAGUAUCAUCAACAAAUUUGAUGCAAAGGCUUGCAUAUAUGCAUUUGGGAUGAACAUUUUUGACCUUAAGGAAUGGCGUAACAAGGGUUUAACUGCAGCUUAUGAUAAAUGGUUUCAGGCAGGCAAAAGGCGGAGAGUAUGGAAGGCAGGAAGCUUACCACUGGGGCAGCUUGUCUUCUACAACCAAACAGUGCCUCUUGACCACCGGUGGCAUGUUCUUGGGCUCGGUCAGAAUAGCAACACGGGAAGAGAAGAAAUCGAGAGGGCAGCUGUUAUCCACUAUAGCGGGAACCUUAAGCCCUGGUUGGAGAUCUCCAUCCCCAAGUACAAAGAGUACUGGAACAGGUUCCUUGGCUACGACAACACAUACUUGCAGCAGUGUAACAUCCACAAGUAGAGAGCAAUAGAAGUUGUACUUGUUGUGGACGCUCAAGUUUGAUGAGGGAGCAAUCCAUCUGUCUUGAUGCACUUUCAUAUGCUUGGGUUAGCAACACAAGGAACAACAAGGAUAUCCAAUGGACAUAAAGUGAAGGUUGCACAUGAUAAUGCCUUUGGAUGCAUUAGGUUACCUUGUUCCUUUGUGUUAACAACAAAGAGGGUUUGUGACUCCAUGAAUUAGUGCAUGAUGUGAAAGUGGUUUGCACUCUAACUCCUUGCUAUGAAUGAGUAUGACAGAAUUGGCGGAGUCACCAUCAAGAACUCUCUAGUUCUUCUUGGGAAUCCACAUCAACUCGAUGGGAAUCCUUGUAGUUGAGGUAGAACUUGAAGAAUCGGAGCUCGAAGUAGUUUUAGGGACCCACUUGACCAUAGCUCGGGAAGGUUCUUCAUACGAGUCCAACUCAUCUUGUCGCUUUUCUUCCCUUUUUUGCUUGAGGUCUUGUGAAGCAAGAUCAUCUUGAGCUUGUGUUCCCUUGAAGGAAGUAGGAUCAUGUUGGAAAUAUGCCCUAGA